UUGGAAAGGAGAUGGGCAAAAUUCUCCAGUGAUAUGGCUGGCUUGAGUGCAUGAGGAAAUAGGAUAAGCAUAUUGUGAUUCUGCAAAUAAAUUAGUAUGGGGGUUUAAUUGCCAGUUAUGUUUUGCAAGAUCUGUGCUGCCAAUACGUUCAUAACCAAUAUGUCCAUGGAAAUCCUAAACACAUUUAUUUUGUUUUUUUUUUGUUUUUUUUGUUUUCACUUAUUUUUUUGGUUCUAAUUUAAUUUUUGUUAUUCAGCUUUGGUUAAGGGAUAAAUAUGCCCUGCAUACAAGAAAGCCAGAUCAGUUGUUGUGUCCUGGGCCAGGCUCAUAAUGUGUGGCUGAGGAGGCUGGGCUCAUCAUGUGUGGCUGAGACGUUGCCACUGUAUAGUAUAUUGAAACUCACAUGUAAUAGUUCAUUCCGUUGUGGCCUUUGCAGCUCCAUUCAUCCCUUUAUCAUCCAUCCAACCAAAGGGGGCACACAAAUUCAGCCUUGCAUUGGAGGGGGAUCAAUGCACAUGCAGAUAUCAUGGUCAUGGAGUCGUGUUAUUUGUGUGCCUGCCCAUAUCUCCUAUGACUGCGAGUAUCAAACUAAGACACGAGGAUGUUGUAGUAGUGGUGGUGGUCUCAGGUGUGUGAGCAGGAAGAGGAUGGAGGUACUUGAGCAGGUAGAUAUGGAGCUAGCUGAGGGAGACGAAGAGGGUGCUCUUAUGCUCAUCAGGGAGUUGCAGGAUAUGCCAGAUGGUCUUCGUGGCUUUGGAGCUGCCAGACAGAUACCCCAACGCUCAUACAGUCUGGACGAACUAAAGCUUAACAGGAUAGAUACAUCUUUGUUGCUCUCUCCUGUGGACACAACAUUGCGUACAAUAAAGAGAAACCUUCAGCUCGUUACAGUUUUGGGAGAGUUCUCUUUGUGGACUUCUCUAGGAUAUAACCAGCUACAACUAUUGUUUUUCUUACUGGGAUUACUUUCUCUUUGGUCACUGGACUUGAUUAUUUUCAGUGGAGGGCUGGAGAAUAUGGUGCUUGAUACAUUUGGCAAUUUACUCAGUGGAAAAUAUCGCAGCAGGGUUGUUCAACAUGAAGCUGGCCAUUUCCUUGUAGCAUACUUGCUUGGAGUUCUUCCAAAGGGGUAUACAUUAUCAAGUUUUGAAGCUCUGCGGAAAGAAGGAUCUCUCAACAUACAAGCUGGAACAACUUUUGUGGAUAUUGAGUUCCUAGAAGAAACACUGAACCAGUUCUCAUGCAUUGCAAUGGCGGGUGUGGUCGCAGAGUACAUUUUGUUUGGGUUUGCGGAAGGAGGUCUCUCUGACAUAGAAAAGUUGGAUGGGCUGCUCAAGGGGUUGGGGUUCACUCAGAAGAAGGCAGACUCCCUUAUAAGAUGGGCCGUGCUCAACACUGUGAUAAUACUACGGCGACAUCAAGGAGCUCGAUCUAAAUUGGCAGAGGCCAUGUCCUCUGGGAAAUCAGUGGGCUCCUGCAUUGAUACCAUUGAAAAUGCAAUCUCCAACACAGAAGUUUGAGUCCAACCAUUUUCUGAAUUUUGAUUCUAAAUAUGUAAAUAAGUGCAAGGUAAAGUUUUUAAGCAACAGUAUUUAUUUGGAAAUUGUGGUUUUGUCUCCACCAUUAGUCUGGUGGGAAUAAAUGGUGGAUGAUUAGUCCUUUGGAGGACUCAAAACUCCCCUCAAAUUAUAACGGGAAAGGAGAGUUGUAAGCUCUUAACUCCAUCAAGCAGCCAACUUUGGAAGGAA